UCCAGCCCACCAGGGUCUCCACCAGCCAGCCAGCCAGACUGCUCAUUCACUUGUCUGGUUCUGCCUGUGACACACGUCUCUGCUGCCCGCCGUCUGCUUCUUCACACUCUCAGAAAUGUGCGACAUGCCUGAGAAUUGCGCAAUUUGUAAAAACAAAUUCGAUGAACUUCUACGGAGGCCGCGUAAUCUGCCUUGUGGCCAUACAAUCUGCUCACAGUGUGCUAAAGAUUCUGUACAGAAGGGUCUGUUCAUUUGCCAGAGAUGUCGUGUUGAGGGCAGUGUCUUAGCUGAUGCUCAAUUGCCAGUUAAAUGCAGAACGGAGGCCUUUAUCAGGAAACACAAAGGUUUUAGGCCGACGUCAGUGGCACCAGACUCUAUUAAACCUCAAGACUACUCAAUAAAACUCGGCAUUAACUUACCGUCGCUGAUAGAGCCGCCCAAGGUCAGAUUGAACAGGCUCAUAUAUCGUUGUGACCGAUUCUGUUCAUAUUUGGACGACCAUCGGGUACAGCUGAGGAUCUCUAAGAAUAAACACGACGAUCUUAAGGACGGACUCCCCAGUCAGUUGGAAGAGAACAACGCGGCGAUCAGACUGCUGGAGCUGGAACUUGCGAGUGUGGCAGACUUGGCAACAGUAGGCCAGGAAAUAAAGCGGCAGCUAGAAGAGUUGUUGGUGCGCCUCAACGCGGUAGAAGCUGCACAAGAGGUAUACGUGAUCAACGACGUUGAUGUAUGUCGUAGGAAGCUAGACAAUUGGGAGAGGCAGUGCAAGGUACUACUCCCAAAGUGUUACACUCGCCCCACCGCACUUAAGAUGCUGGAGAUGAUGAGGGCUUCCAUGAAAAUGACCUCAGAGAAGAACGCCGCGGUGGCCCCCGUCGACCUGGAAGGCUCUGCGGUGGCCCCCGUCGACCUGGAAGGCUCUGCGGUGGCCCCCGUCGACCUGGAAGGCUCUGCGGUGGCCCCCGUCGACCUGGAAGGCUCUGCGGUGGCCCCCGUCGACCUGGAAGGCUCUGCGGUGGCCCCCGUCGACCUGGAAGGCUCUGCGGUGGCCCCCGUCGACCUGGAAGGCUCUGCGGUGGCCCCCGUCGACCUGGAAGGCUCUGCGGUGGCCCCCGUCGACCUGGAAGGCUCUGCGGUGGCCCCCGUCGACCUGGAAGGCUCUGCGGUGGCCCCCGUCGACCUGGAAGGCUCUGCGGUGGCCCCCGUCGACCUGGAAGGCUCUGCGGUGGCCCCCGUCGACCUGGAAGGCUCUGCGGUGGCCCCCGUCGACCUGGAAGGCUCUGCGGUGGCCCCCGUCGACCUGGAAGGCUCUGCGGUGGCCCCCGUCGACCUGGAAGGCUCUGCGGUGGCCCCCGUCGACCUGGAAGGCUCUGCGGUGGCCCCCGUCGACCUGGAAGGCUCUGCGGUGGCCCCCGUCGACCUGGAAGGCUCUGCGGUGGCCCCCGUCGACCUGGAAGGCUCUGCGGUGGCCCCCGUCGACCUGGAAGGCUCUGCGGUGGCCCCCGUCGACCUGGAAGGCUCUGCGGUGGCCCCCGUCGACCUGGAAGGCUCUGCGGUGGCCCCCGUCGACCUGGAAGGCUCUGCGGUGGCCCCCGUCGACCUGGAAGGCUCUGCGGUGGCCCCCGUCGACCUGGAAGGCUCUGCGGUGGCCCCCGUCGACCUGGAAGGCUCUGCGGUGGCCCCCGUCGACCUGGAAGGCUCUGCGGUGGCCCCCGUCGACCUGGAAGGCUCUGCGGUGGCCCCCGUCGACCUGGAAGGCUCUGCGGUGGCCCCCGUCGACCUGGAAGGCUCUGCGGUGGCCCCCGUCGACCUGGAAGGCUCUGCGGUGGCCCCCGUCGACCUGGAAGGCUCUGCGGUGGCCCCCGUCGACCUGGAAGGCUCUGCGGUGGCCCCCGUCGACCUGGAAGGCUCUGCGGUGGCCCCCGUCGACCUGGAAGGCUCUGCCUCCAGUAUGGUGCUAAUGUUCAGAAAAUUAUCGAAAAGUUCUGAAGCGCUGUUAAAGUGUGAGCUAUAAUUACUCUUCAGCCACGCAACUUUAACUAUUUUUCUGUAUUUUUAGUUUUUCAGUCGGUUGACUAUAUUGUUAAAAUGUUGUGGAAUUGUUAGGCAGUAAUUGAGUAUUUUUUCUGGUAAGCUUCUUUAAGAGGCUCCGAGCCAUCCUCCAUAGCACCUUUGCUACCACACUAGGUUCUAAAGAUCAAACACCUGUAAGACCAAAGCCAGUCUGAUCUCCCCAAUAAACACAGCGAAGUGAAAUUCGUGAGCACAACAGUACCAACGGAAAAUCAUAUAAAAAAAAGUAACUGGACAACGUUUAGUCACAAAAAAUUAUGAACAAGAGCGUUGUUUAGGUCCAAAUGGGAGUUAGCAUUACUAGCUCGCCACCAGAUGGGAACCCUGGCGACCCAAGCCACCACAGUUAUUAACCCACUGUGACGUAAACAGUCUGUCGUGACACAUCAACAUAGAUGUUGUAUUCUGUCAAAUAUUCAAACUCCUGCAGGGAACUCCAAAUUGUGAUACUUCUUUCUUCCAUAGGUCUGGGUUAGUUCUAUUGCAUCCAUAUUAGUGUAUUGUAACUAUAUUUAGGAAAGUGUUAGCAAGUCGAUAGGAUUAGCCUAGGGAUAAGCGUGUGGUAACAGCACUUAGUGCUACCUGUCACCAUCUCUUACACUAUUAACAAAAUAUCACCAGUGUUUACUGUCUUAUCACCACCACGCCUUUUUUUUUACACAAUAGCCGAUGUCACCUUCAGUGACGUCAUCGUUAAUUAUUAGCUGUUGGUCACACAUCACCAUCGCAUCUGCUUUACAGCUAUUCUUGUAUGUCCCUAAAUUCAUUCCUGCCUUUGAAUCCCUCGCCAUUACUGGUGCCUCGCCAUUGUCACCCCUAACACUCGCCUGUCAGUCGGGUCCCACAACUGGGCAAGUGACCAUACCGAGCAAUAAACAUGUUUAGUCCCUAAUGAUAUUUAUGGCUAGAUUUUAAUGUAUUUUACACAGUAAAAAAAAAAUUAAUUUUAAUAUCCAAAAUGUUAACCGUUUCCGUUAAAUGGGUAAUACCUAGAUUAAUUACUGAAACUGGUAUUUUGACUAUACAUCCUCCUCAGUCUAGCCUGUAGUUGCCUUGAGGCCUUGUUUA